AUGGAAGAACAGGUAGCGAAUGCCAUAGAAAUCGCCUGGAAUCCUUCCUCAGACCAAGCCCUCAAGGCUCAAGCCUUUGACUAUCUGAAUCAACUCCGCGCCGAUCCCUCGGGAUGGCAAGUGUGCCUCACCCUCUUCACCAAGACCCCUCCGCAUUCUGAAAUCGUACGGCAUGUGGCAUUAGAAGUGGUCAAUAGUGCUGCCCAAGCGGGACUUAUUGACCCCCAGGCGUUGGGGUAUGUCCGGGAUGGCUUGAUGACCUAUCUCCGCCAGGUAUACGGCCAGGAAAAUGCAAACCCUGACCCUCCCAAUAUCCAAAACAAAAUUGCACAGACCAUUACAUUCCUCUUCUCUGCGCUGUAUGGCAAUGGCUGGGAUUCGGUCUUCGAUGAUCUCUUGGGCUUAACGUACAAGAGCCCCUCGAGCACGGCUCGCGACAACCCUUUUGGAAUCGUGUUCUACCUUCGCGUGGUCAACUCCAUCCACGAUGAGAUUGGGGAUGUUUUAGUGUCCAGAUCUCGCACCGAGCAAGACAAAGCCAAUUCAUUGAAGGACCUGAUUCGAGUGCGGGACAUGCAGAAGAUUGCACUAGCAUGGCAGGAGAUCUUGUCGGAAUGGCGGGACGGUAAUGAUCUGAUCGUCGAGAUGGCUCUGAAGGCGGUUGGCAGCUGGGUCAGCUGGAUAGAUAUCGGUCUCGUGGUGAAUCAGACAAUGCUUGACCUUUUGUUCCAGCAACUAGGCCGGGUGCAAAAGGCGGAGCUGAGAGCCGGCGAGGAGAAGGUGCGAGAUGCCGCGGUUGAUGUCUUCACGGAGAUCAUCGGCAAAAAAAUGAAGCCAGAGGACAAGAUUGAUAUGAUUAUUUUUCUGAAUCUCGACACCAUUGUGUCUCAACUGUCGAAUAGCCCCCCCCUCUAUGACAAUAGGUUCACUUUCAAGUACGACACCGACUUGGCGGAAACUGUUGCGAAGCUCGUCAACAUCACUGUCGUGGAUGUUGUGCGUGCUUUGGAGCAGGAAACGGUCAGCGCCGACUGCAAGGGGAAGGCCAACAGGCUGCUACAAGCGUUCCUCCCACAUAUCUUGAGAUACUUUUCCGACGAAUACGACGAAGUUUGCUCCACCGUCAUCCCCUGUGUCAGCGACCUUCUCUCCUAUCUGCGUAAGAUUGCCAAGGCCAACCCUGCCCUUGCCGCGGAGCACUCGUCCAUCCUUCUCCCUAUCCUGAAAGCAAUUAUCGCCAAGAUGCGAUACGAUGAGACCUCUUCAUGGGGUGAUGAGGACGACCAGACCGACGAGGCAGAGUUCCAGGAGCUCCGCAAAAGACUGGGGGUUCUCCAGCAGAUCAUCUCCACAGUGAACGAGCCACUGUACAUCGAUGCUGUUUCUGAAGUGGUAGCCACGACGUUUGAGAAUCUACGCCAAUCGGGCGAUCAGCUCGACUGGCGGGACCUGGACCUCGCCUUGCAUGAAAUGUUCCUCUUUGGGGACAUUGCUGUCAAGGCCGGCAGUCUCUAUGUCAAAAAUGUUCCGCACAAUGCAGCUGCAGAGCGACUGGUGGAAAUGAUGUUGAGGAUGGUCGAGUCUGAUAUCCGGUCCUUUACGCACCCAGCAACGCAAUUGCAGUACAUGGAAAUCUGUGUCCGCUAUAGUUCGUUCUUCCAAUACCACACCCACCUUAUUCCGGGCGUCUUGGAAAGCUUCCUUCAACUUGUUCAUCAUCCCAUCAAGAAGGUGAAGACAAGAUCUUGGUAUCUAUUCCAGCGGUUGGUGAAGCAGUUGAGGCAACACCUUGGCAAUGUCGCGCAGACCGUCGUUGACGCCUUGGGCGAUCUGUUGGUGAUUCAAGCCGAGGUGCCCUCAGAAGGAUCGGACGGAGAUGAAAUGUCUUCCGAAGACCAUGAAGGGUCCGCCGACGCCGUUUUCAACAGCCAACUCUAUCUGUUCGAGGCUGUGGGUAUCAUUUGCUCGACUCCAGCCGUUCCGGCUGAUAAGCAGGUGUUCUAUGCACAAUCGGUGCUGAGCCCGGUGUUUGUGGACAUGGAAAAGAACCUUACCCCCGCUAAAUCUAAUGAUGAGCGAGUGUUGCUCCAGAUUCACCAUGAUAUCAUGGCGCUUGGGACUCUGGCACGCGGGUUCUCGGAUUGGAUGCCGGGAACACCCACCCCAUCCGCUCUUCCGGCACCAGAAGUGUCUGAAGCGUUUGUACAGGUGGCCGAAGCCACCCUUGUGGCCCUUGAGUCCUUGAAAGUGUCGUUCAACGUUAGGACCGCUGCUCGGUUCACCUUCUCGCGACUGAUCGGUGUCCUUGGCUCCCGGAUCCUGCCGCAGCUUCCACAGUGGAUUGACGGUCUGCUCACCCAGACCUCUUCUCGCGACGAGAUGGCUCUAUUUUUGCGUCUUCUGGAUCAGGUUAUCUUUGGAUUCAAGGGAGAAAUUUAUAAUAUUCUGGAUGCCCUCUUAACGCCUUUCUUACAGCGAGUGUUCUCUGGACUUGCCGAUCCCACCACGGGCACGGAUGAUGAGAUCCAAUUGGCGGAACUCAAGCGAGAAUACCUCAACUUCCUGUUGGCGGUCUUGAACAACGAUCUGGGUGCGGUGAUCAUCAGCGAGAGGAAUCAACCCAUGUUUGAUACUGUGAUCACCACCAUUGAACAUUUCGCCAAGGACGUAGAGGACUUUACGACGGCCAAGAUGGCCUUUUCACUGCUCUCCAAGAUGGGUAGCUCCUGGGGCGGUCCGGAUAUCGCACCCGAGACAUCAAAUGGUGCCUCCGCGCAGCAGACUGCUCUUCCUGGGUUUGGGCAGUUCAUGAUCAACCGGAUGUCGCCGCUUUGCUGGGCUCUUCCAGCCACCCCAUCUUUCAAUCCCAAAGACGCACAAGCCAAGCAGGUUCUGGCCGAAGCCGGUGGACUGCAACGUACGAUCUACUGUAAAACGGGCAUGGAGUACAUUGAGUAUCUCCGGGACCGGGAAUUACCUGGCAUGGGAAUGGGUGCGGAUCUUAUCGAAGAGUUCCUGAAUGCAUUGAGUCGGUUGGACUUGAAGGGCUUCCGGCAGUUCUUCCCGUCGUUUAUUCAGCGGUUGAGCGCAUGA